UAUGAACAUUCACUUUUAAGCGAAUAAAAUGCACCAGAGUUUCCGUAUUAUAUGAUGUUUAGCACACGUUUGCAGAGACAUAAAAACGGUGAACAAUCUUCUCUAUUUAUACUCAUAAACCUGUAAAAACUGCUGACAUGUAGUUUUGUUUGUUUCUACAUUAUUCGCGUAUCGGACAAUAGACCGCCGCAUGUUGGAAAACCGGAUCAAGAAUAACUCCAGGUGUUACAGCUGAGAUCUGCGUGAUAAAUCAUUGUAAAAUGAUGUUUAUUAAAGAAGAGAGUGAGGACACGAGUCAUCCAGAACCAUGCAGUUCAAAUGCCAUGAAAGAUGAAGAUACUGAGGAACAAAGAGAUCUGAAGGAAGUGAAAGAGGAAAGUCAAGAACUGAAUGAAGUGGAAGAAGAACGUCAUCCAUAUCAAACACUUCAUGAUUUCAUAACUGGACAAAACUCUUUUACUGGUUCACAGGCUGAAAAUAAUUUCUCACAAAAAAUAACUCAAAGAACAAGAGCCAAAUAUUCUUUCACCUGCCCUCUGUGUGGAAAGUCAUUUACACAGAAAGGAAGUCUUAAUAAGCACAUGAGAAUUCACACUGGCGAGAAGCCUUUCACAUGCCAUCAGUGUGGGAAGAGUUUCAGACAGGCAUUUAGUCUAAGAGAUCAUCUGUCCUUGCACUCUGUAGAAAGGUCAUACAGCUGUGAUCAGUGUGGCAAAACAUUUUCUUCUGCAUCACUCUUAAGAACACACCGGAGAAUUCAUCCAAUUGUAAAACCUUUCUUGUGUUCACUUUGUGGAAAGAGUUUUUCACAUCGGCACAGUUUAAAAUUCCAUCAGAGAAAACACACCGGUGUGAGAGAUCAUGUGUGCUCUGAGUGUGGGAAGGCCUUUCAUAAAGCUUCGAACUUGGAACUGCACCACAGAGUCCAUACUGGAGAAAAACCUUACAUGUGUUCAUAUUGUGGAAAGAGUUUCACUAGUUCUGGAAACCUGAUAAAACAUGAGAGAAUGCAUACUGGAGAGAAGCCAUACCACUGCACUUUAUGUGGGAAGAGUUUCACUAAUUCAGAAAACCUGAAAGCACAUGAGAGAGUGCAUACUGGAGAGAAGCCAUACCACUGCUCAUUAUGUGGGAAGAGUUUCAGUAGUUCAGGAAACCUGAGAAAACAUAAGAGAGUGCAUACUGGUGAGAGGCCGUACAACUGCACUUCAUGUGGGAAGAGUUUCACCCAAUCCAGUAAUCUACAGACUCAUUAUAAAAAAAUGCAUUGUCUAGGGUUGUCCCAGUGAGCUAAAUUCAUAUAUGCCUUGCAAAUGGGAUGAAAUUAAGAAAAAUCAAGAUUAUAAUUUCUAGUGAUUCACCAACAUGGAAUUUCCAGUCCCCAAUAUAUUGCGCAUCCCUAGGAAUUUCUUUUAAAAGAACAAAUACAGUAAGUGGGUCAAUUGCUACAUUUAUCAUGACACUUUCAAACAUGAUGAAAAUUUUUUUUUCUGUUAGUCUAGUAUUUUAUCUAUCCCUAUUAGGGUUGCAGUGGUAUACCGGUUUCACAUAUAUCACAGUAUGAAAAUUUACAGUUAUCAUACCAUGUACAUGCUUAUCUACGGUAUUGAGGAAAAAAAACGCAACCGGACGGAGAAUCUCGCCUGUGUGUGCACAUCUCCUUUCAUCCUCGUCUCCCUGACAGACUCAUCAACUUGUGCCACACACACAUGCAGUGGAGAAAACGAGGGGGUCUGACAUAAGUGUGUGUGUGUGUGUGUGUGAGCGUGUAUUUAUCACUUUGUGGGGACCAAAUGUCCCCAUAAGGAUAGUAAAACCCGAAAUUUUUGACCUUGUGGGGACAUUUUGUCGGUCCCCAUGAGGAAAACAGCUUAUAAAUCAUACUAAAUUAUGUUUUUUGAAAAUGUAAAAAUGCAGAAAGUUUUCUGUGAGGGUUAGGUUUAGGGGUAGGGUUAGGUUUAGGGGAUAGAAUAUAAAGUUUGUACAGUAUAAAAACCAUUAUGUCUAUGGAAAGUCCCCAUAAAACAUGGAAACACAACUGUGUGUGUGUGUGUGACCUACCAGUGUUUCUCAACUGGUAGGUCGCAGGUCUAUUCGGACUGGGUUGUGGACAGCAGGGAAAGAACAAUGCCAUUGUUCACCCAUUGAAGAUAUUUCGGCGGCUGCCAAAGUGAGGCUAUUAGGACUGCCGAGGCAGAUUUAAUGAUAAUCUCGCAAUCAGCUGAAGACUUCUCAUCUGCACUUCCACACAAUGUAACGGAACCAGCCUGCGAUCAUGAUCUGCUCUGAUCUCUGGCACGCGCAUGCAAUAAACGGGCUUACCUCGGUAUUGCGGAGUGCAGACCUCAAAAGUGAUGUGACCAAUUUAAAUUCUAGUGAUAUUUUUCUAGUUUAAGAUGUGCUUCUGUUUGUAUUUAUUUUUUCAUAAAUACUAUAAUUUAUUAUUAUUACAAUUAUUCAAGCCUAGAUCAUGGUAAAGAUGACCCUUUCCUCCUGUGUGAUAUGUAUUUUCUGUUUCGUACUGUGAAAAUCUCAUACCCUUGCAACCCUAAUCCCUAUGCUCUCGGAUUUAAAAGAAUAUUGGUUUUGUUCAAGUAAUGGAAUUUUAAAGUAGCGGAAUAGGUUUAUAUGGAGUUUGUGUAUAGCAAUGUUUAUAGGAUCAUAUUUCUAUAAUGACAUUUUCGAAUAUGAUGAAAUGUUUUUUUUUGUUUUGUUGUUAGUCUAGUAUUUUAUCUAGACCUCUACACUCUGAUUUAAAGGAAUAUCGGUUUUGUUCAAGUUAUAGGCCUUGAAAGAAGUUCAAUAGGCUUCUAUGGUGUCUGUGUAUGCAUAUCUUACCAACAUUAUUAUUUAUUUAUUUUUCAUUAGUUUAGUAUUUUAACGAUCCCUCUAAGCUCUCUGAUUUAAAUUAAUAUAUGGUUUGGUCAAGAUAUACUGUAGGCCUUGUAAGUAGCGCAAUAGGCUUAUAUGGUGUAAAUGUGCUCUGAGGCUCAUAUUUCAAUAAUGACACUUUUGAACAUAAUGACAUUUUUUUUCUUUAUUCCAGUAUUUUAUCUAUCCCUCUAAGCUCUCUGAUUUAAAAGAAUAUUGGUUUUGUUCAA